AUGGAGUUAAGUUCGGGAAGAGAAUUGAAGAACGACGAGAAGACUAGCAUCACUUCUGGUGAUGGAGUCUCGUGUCUUCUGCUGCAGAAUAUAAACACAGACGAUAGUGGAAAGUACGACGUGCACGUGGAGAACGAAUUUGGAUCUGAAUCGAACUACGCUUCGGUCUCAGUCGAAGGACCACCCGAUCCUCCGAGCGGAAAACCUUGCCUCAUCCCUGGAACGGAUUGCGCCACUGUUAACUGGAGCAGCUCUCCGUACGAUGGAGGCAGGAAAGUCACGGGAUUCGCUGUAGAGUAUUCCCUUGUUGGCAGCGAUGUCUGGACGACAGUUGCAGAAGACUGCAAUUCGCUGAGCUACGUGGUGACAGGUCUUCAGGCCGGAGGAAGAUACGUGUUCAGGGUGCGCAGCGUCAACGUCCACGGUGCCAGUCAGCCUAGUCAGGAAUCAGAUAUUCUUCAAUUGGAAGAGCAAAAUGAGAAGUCCUCGUUUGAACCGCGCAUAGUUUCCAUCGAGCCCGGACCAGAGUUCAAAGUUAAAUACGAUAUUUUGGAGGAGUUAGGUAAGGGGAGAUACGGUGUGGUGCAUCGCGUCGUCGAUAAGACCACGAACCAGAAGCUCGCUGCCAAAUUCAUCAGAUGUCGGACGGCAAAGGAUCGCGACAAGGUGCAGGACGAGAUCGACAUCAUGAACCUGCUGAGGCAUUCGAAGCUGCUGCAGCUCGCAGCCGCCUUCGAGAAUUCCAAAGAGACGAUCAUGGUCAUGGAAUACAUAUCCGGAGGAGAACUGUUCGAGCGCGUCGUCGCGGAUGACUUCACGUUGACAGAAAAAGACUGCAUACUGUUUAUGAGGCAAAUCUGCGAGGGUGUAGCAUACAUGCACAGCCAGAACGUUGUCCAUCUGGAUUUGAAGCCGGAGAACAUCAUGUGCCACACGAGGACCUCACACGAAAUCAAGAUCAUCGACUUCGGAUUAGCGCAGAAGUUGGAUCCUGAUAGGCCGACGAAGGUGCUGUUUGGAACAGCGGAAUUUAUCCCUCCGGAAAUCAUCAACUACGAGCAUAUCGGCACCGAAUCAGAUAUGUGGUGUUUGGGCGUCAUCUGCUACGUUCUAUUAUCCGGUUUAUCACCUUUCAUGGGUGACAACGAUGCUGAAACGUUUGCAAACAUCACCAGAGCCGAAUACGAUUUCGACGAUGAAGCCUUCGACGCAGUUUCUCAGCACGCUCGUGACUUUAUCGGAGCACUUCUUCUCAAAAGAAAAGAGGAUAGAAUGUCAGCGGAGAGUUCUUUGAAACACGAAUGGCUGGAUCCGGAGAGCCACACGAAUACUGUAGUCAUCUCGACGGAUAAACUGAAAAAGUUCAUCAUCAGAAGAAAGUGGCAGAAAACUGGAAACGCUAUUCGAGCCCUCGGACGAUUGGCGAAUCUUUCGGCGAGCCGCAGGAAUUCCGCGACGUCGAGCAGUCCUAGACCUUCGAUCUCCGGUCUGACGGUGUCCCGCAUGUCCAGCUUGAGCGAAGAAGAGACUAACCUGUGUGAUACUAACUGUAACGAAGUUAAGCAUAGGAAGGCGAGCAGGAAUUGCACUGAGAGGAGCGACAGCGGUAUCAGCGAUUGCUCCCAACUAAAGACUCUGGAGAGAUCCGCGCCGAUCGAGGAGAACGAUCCCGUCGACCUUAACGCCAAUUACCCUUUAAUUGAUAACGAUUUGAGAAUUGAUCCCGUGUCGCGGGACAGCGUAAAAACCACCGUAGCCUCCGUAGUACAACGAUUUGAUCGAUUAGAGUUUAGCGUCACAACUACCGUCAGCACCCCCGAAGUCCCACCGCCGCAGUCCAACGAAAUUUGCCCCAAAAAACAGAAACCUAGUCAAGUGAAGAAAAUGAUCGAUGGCUUCGAGAAGAACGCCAAAAGCGAGAGCUUCCUGAAAGCCUCGGCCUUCUGGAACACCCCCAAAUAGAGUAUAGUAGUUAAGAGUAGAACCAACCUCGACCAUCCACAUCCGUAAGAGAUGCGUGCCUUAAGACCCAAUUGAAACAUGUACAUUAUAUUUUAUUUUUUCUUUCUAGUUUUAGCUCAGGUUUGUUAUUAUUGUAUUACAUCUAAAUGUGAGAUAUUAUUUUUCCUGUACGUAGUUUAUAUUAUCUAUAUCCGUGCCCUCCUUAAAUUAUACAACAAAUAUAAGAGAUUAUAUAUAUAUAUAUACA